CUCUUCUUAUAUCUUCUGGAAUUAUCUCCAUCACUCGCGCCGCACGCACAAAUAGCCUCACUGUUUAGGGUUGUAUCAUAUAUUGUAUCUCGGAAUAUAUAGAUUUUGGUUGAUAGUUUCCUCAGAAAUGGCGGCUUCAAUUGCACAAAUCAACGUUCUUGGAGGGAUUGGGUUCCCUUCUUCAAAGACGGGGGUCAACGCUUCGUCUGCUUCCAGGACUGUGUUCUUCGGGCAGGGAUUAGGCAGUAGAAACAUAUGGAAUUCUGGGUUCUUGAGGUUAAACACUAAGUCACAGAGGAGGUACCGUGCGAGACCAUUAAGGGUGGUGAACGAGAAGGUCGUGGGAAUUGAUUUGGGCACGACGAACUCAGCUGUCGCAGCCAUGGAAGGAGGGAAGCCGACAAUAGUUACUAACGCAGAGGGGCAGAGAACGACUCCCUCCGUGGUUGCCUACACGAAGAAUGGGGACAGGCUGGUGGGACAGAUUGCUAAGCGCCAGGCGGUCGUGAACCCGGAGAAUACCUUCUUCUCCGUGAAGAGGUUUAUCGGGAGGAAGAUGUCUGAAGUGGACGAGGAGUCGAAGCAGGUGUCUUACAAGGUGGUCAGGGAUGAAAAUGGGAAUGUGAAGCUUGAGUGCCCUAUCCUUGGAAAGCAGUUUGCUGCUGAGGAAAUUUCGGCGCAGGUUUUGAGAAAGCUUGUGGACGAUGCCUCAAAGUUUUUGAAUGAUCAAGUAACCAAAGCUGUUGUAACUGUUCCAGCAUACUUCAACGAUUCCCAGAGGACAGCUACGAAGGAUGCUGGUCGUAUUGCUGGCUUGGAAGUUCUACGUAUCAUCAACGAACCGACGGCUGCUUCUUUGGCGUAUGGUUUUGAAAAGAAGAACAAUGAAACCAUAUUAGUAUUUGACCUUGGUGGUGGUACUUUUGAUGUUUCAGUGCUUGAGGUCGGUGAUGGUGUAUUUGAAGUGCUUUCUACUUCAGGAGACACUCAUCUAGGUGGUGAUGACUUUGAUAAGAGAAUUGUUGAUUGGCUUGCUGCUAGUUUUAAGCGAGAUGAAGGUAUAGAUCUUUUGAAGGACAAACAAGCUCUUCAGCGGCUUACUGAAGCAGCUGAGAAGGCUAAAAUGGAGUUGUCAUCUUUAACUCAAACUAACAUCAGCCUGCCUUUCAUUACUGCCACUGCUGAUGGCCCCAAGCAUAUUGAGGCCACCCUAACAAGGGCCAAGUUUGAGGAAUUGUGCUCAGACCUGCUCGACAGGCUUAAAAGCCCUGUUGAGACUUCAUUGAGAGAUGCAAAGCUCACCAUGAAAGAUUUAGAUGAAGUGAUCCUCGUUGGUGGGUCGACGCGUAUCCCAGCAGUUCAGGAGCUUGUGAAGAAGAUUACUGGGAAGGACCCCAAUGUUACAGUGAAUCCUGAUGAAGUUGUUGCUCUAGGGGCAGCAGUUCAGGCGGGUGUUCUCUCUGGGGAUGUCAGCAACAUUGUGCUUCUGGAUGUUGCACCGUUAUCUAUUGGUCUUGAAACUCUUGGUGGUGUGAUGACAAAAAUUAUACCGAGGAACACAACCUUGCCCACAUCCAAAUCAGAGGUGUUCUCAACCGCUGCAGAUGGUCAGACUAGUGUUGAGAUUAAUGUCCUUCAGGGCGAGAGAGAAUUUGUUAGGGACAAUAAAUCUCUUGGUAGUUUCCGCCUUGAUGGUAUCCCGCCUGCUCCACGCGGGGUUCCUCAGAUUGAAGUUAAAUUUGACAUAGAUGCGAAUGGAAUUCUUUCUGUCACUGCUAUUGAUAAAGGCACGGGGAAGAAGCAAGAUAUCACCAUCACUGGUGCCAGCACCUUGCCGAGUGACGAGGUGGAGAGGAUGGUCAACGAAGCAGACAAGUUUGCUAAGGAAGACAAGGAGAAGAGAGAUGCCAUUGACACAAAGAACCAGGCGGAUUCGGUUGUGUACCAAACUGAAAAGCAGCUCAAGGAGCUAGGUGACAAAGUUCCUGGCCCUGUGAAGGAGAAGGUUGAGGCAAAACUCAAAGAACUGAAGGAUGCCAUUGCAGGGGGUUCAACCCAAUCGAUUAAAGACGCCAUGGCUGCCCUUAAUCAAGAAGUUAUGCAGCUUGGCCAGUCCCUUUACAAUCAGCCAGGUGCUUCUGGUGCAGGGCCUACACCUGGGCCUGAAUCCCCUCCAUCGGAUUCGUCAAACAAGGGACCUGACGGAGAUGUUAUUGAUGCAGAUUUCUCUGACAGCAAGUGAGAUUAGAAGGUUGAUGUCUAGUUUUUUAGAUGGGUGUUUCUUCCCAUUUUCAUUCAGAAUUGUGUAUAAGAAAUAGAUUUUACAGGGAUUGGGAUAUAAGUUCCCAGGCACUUUUGUCUUUGGGGACAGAAAUAGGAUUUGUGCUUUAGGAAUAUGGUGGGAGAUGAAAUAGAAAUUGCAACCCAUCCUUGGGUCAUGACACGUGCAUUGUUUUAACUUAUUUUGACUUCGUUGGCUUUACCAUAUAUAUUUAGCGUUCGUUUGGUGCUCCAUUUUGAUGCACCAUAUGUUGUUCACGAAUCA